UACCAGAGCAACCGAAGGCUUGAGUGAUGACUGUUCCGGAUAAGUUCGAUUUUUAGUUUGUAUAACCAACUUUUAUGUUUUUUUUUUUAGUUCACCGUAUAAAACUACGAAUGUUUUGUCCUCUUUCUAUAAGUUCUAACUCAACAAUAAAUAAAAAUUAUCAAAUUAUUCGAUUAGAAUUACAAAAACUAAUCCCGAUGUGACGUAUGAGAACCUGAUCUGGCUCUAAGAAGUUUAUAUACAGUAUAUAAAAUUUUAAUGUCUCAUGAAAACAUAAGGGUUGCCUUAACAAGUAUAGUUUUGGCAAAUAUCCCAUUUUUUCUACCUUUAUAAAUAUUCAUCUCCCAUUUAUCAUGGCUGGAUCUUCUGCUGGCCCUGCACUUUCUCAUUCAUCUGUUACACGGAAACGAGGAUUAGGACGUUUUUCUCUUCGACGAAUUUUUGGUAGCACAGCAUUUGGUAGAAGGAGCAUGGGAAGACAUUGUACUGUUCCUUUAGAUGUUGAUUCCUGCUCUCACAAUAAUUCAAUUAAUCUUACAUCUGGACCAGAUCAUAAGGAUUCUUCUGGUUUAAAGGAUGCAAUUCGUUUUACAGCUGGAGCCCAUUCAUCUUCAGAUUCGGAAUUAAAUUCUCUUUCCAGUGGAAGAAACGAUGCUCAUUUUGAUUGUCCAUCUGGACAUCUUGCAUCAGCUCAAAAUGUUGUUGAAUGUCCUGUUUGUUUAUUGAUUCUUCCUACUCAAUGUUUUCCAGAACUUAGUUCCUGUAGUUAUCAUUCAUGUUACGAUUGUUUGCAGCAAUAUCUACAAAUUGAAAUAUCUGAAGGAAGAGUGAAUAUAUCAUGUCCAAAGUGUGUUGAACCUUUACAUCCAAAUGAUAUCCGCAUGGUUCUUAACGAUGAAAACAUAAUGUCAAAAUAUGAAAGUUUUUUGCUUCGGCGAAUUUUAGUAACAGAUCCUGAUGCAAGAUGGUGCCCAGCUCCAGAUUGUGGAUAUGCUGUUAUUGCUAGUGGUUGUGCUAGCUGUCCAAAAUUGAAAUGUGAACGUCCUGGAUGCGAUACUUAUUUCUGUUAUCACUGUAAACAGGAAUGGCAUCCUAAUCAGACAUGUGAUGCAGCACGUGCUCAACGAGCUCGCCACUCUUCCAAUCCUCGGUCAGCAUCUGUGUCUUUUAGCCAAGAUUCUAUUAUUCAAAGAGAUGAUAUUAAACCUUGUCCUUGCUGCAAAGUACUAAUUGUGAAGAUGGAUGAUGGAUCUUGUAAUCACAUGACAUGUAGUGUUUGUGGAACAGAAUUUUGUUGGCUGUGUAUGAAAGAGAUAUCAGAUUUGCAUUACCUUAGUCCUUCUGGCUGUACAUUUUGGGGUAAAAAGCCAUGGAGUAGAAAGAAGAAAAUAUUAUGGCAAUUAGGAAUGCUUGUUGGUGCUCCAGUAGGAAUUGCACUAAUUGCUGGUAUUGCUGUGCCUGCUAUUAUUAUUGGAAUUCCUGUGUGGGUAGGUCGUAAGCUGCAUGCAAAAUAUGAACGUCAGUCAAGUAGUAGACACAAAAGAAAUUUAAUUGUGACAAGUGGUGUUAUAGCAUCUAUAUUGGUAUCUCCUAUAUUGGCAGGCAUUGCUGUUGGAAUUGGUGUGCCUAUUCUUUUAGCAUAUGUAUAUGGAGUGGUUCCAAUAUCUUUGUGCCGUUCUGGUGGUUGUGGAGUGACAACAUCUGCUUCAGGUGUACGUAUUGAAUUUGAUGAAGAAAAUGAUAUUGGUAUUGGAAGUAGUGUUGCAGCUGAUGGUGUAAGUGUCGAUACUGCCGCUAGUCACAGAGGAGUUAAUCCAAGUAUUGGAGAAGUAUCUCUCGGAAUGUCUACUAGUCUGAGUUUAGGAAGUGGAAGUCACAUGGGAAUGAUGAGAGAUCGAGAUAGCGACAGAGAAAGUGCUAGUAAUACAGCAUUAGCUGGUAGUAUUGCAAGUGCCUCUUUAGCUGGAAAUAUUGCUCACAAUCACAGAGGAGUUAAUCCAAGUAUUGGAGAAGUAUCUCUCGGAAUGUCUACUAGUCUGAGUUUAGGAAGUGGAAGUCACAUGGGAAUGAUGAGAGAUCGAGAUAGCGACAGAGAAAGUGCUAGUAAUACAGCAUUAGCUGGUAGUAUUGCAAGUGCCUCUUUAGCUGGAAAUAUUGCUCACAA